AUGCUUCCGUCAAAGACCGACGACUUAGACACCUUGCGUGUUAUACACUCACCUGAGGACUCAACACCCGAUGACCACAAUGCGCAGCCCUCAGAUGAUGGCCGAGACGAGCACAUCCAUAUCAAAUCGCAGGCUCUGAAAGGCCUAAAGCCCUCAUUCCACCGCAACACAUACUCCGGAGCGCUAUUCUUCAAUAUAUGCGCCUUUGUGCUCCCAGCGCUCUACGGUACACUUUCGAAGCUAUGGGUAGCCAACAUCGACUCCUCCAUGGUCGUCACAACCGACAUCUAUACGUACAUUGGAGUUGUCGCCGAAGUCCUUAACGAAGGCCUGCCACGAGCUUCAUAUCUGAUCAUCGGCGAUACCGCUAGCCGCGGCUUUCGAGAGAGGGUGCAGCUCGCCCACACACUCAUUUUCUUCCAAUCGAUUCUGGGUCUUAUCAUGAGCAUUGGCUUCGUGGGCGGUGCGUCGACCUUUGCUAAAGGCUUCGUCCCGGUAGAGGUGCGGGACGUUAGUGUAACGUAUGUUCGCAUAUCUGCCUUUUCGGCUUUCAGCUCUGCGGUCGAGUAUGCUGUCAACACAUCUACUCGUGCACUCGAUAAGCCUGAUGUGCCGCUAGUUAUCAGCUCAGUCAAAUUUGCUAUCAACAUUGUCCUGAACUUGAUCAUCAUCUCGAAAUUUCACGUUGGAGGCAUCACGCCAACAGUCAACAUGCAAGCCGGCAUCUCGCUUGCUUGUAAUCUGACUUCGGCGUUUGCUGGUCUGGCGUAUUUCAUCCACACGACGAGCUUCAGCAAAAUAUCUGCUAUCAAACAAGACCGGUCGAGCCAUUCCCUCAAGCCGUCACUAUCGUCACUUCGUGUACUGUUCAAGCCAGGCUUCGUAUUCUUCACAGAGUCUGCAAUCCGCAACGCGCUCUACCUGUGGUUAGUGCACGGCAUUGUCGGUCUCGGCAGUGACUACGCAACAGCAUGGGGCGUAUUCUCCACUAUACGAUGGGGCCUCAUCAUGGUUCCUGUAUCUGCACUUGAAGCCACGACGCUCACAUUCAUCGGGCAUUCGUGGGGACACGUGCGCGCGAGUCUGGACACCCUCGACAAUCCACAGCCACGUCUCUCAUCUCGCCAACUCUGGCAUAUCGCCAGAUGGGCAUUCUACUCGGUCGGAAUCGUGCUCGUGUUCGAGAUACCGCUUUGUCUCUUCAUGUCCUUUCUCGGCGCACGACCUUUUGCCCGCUACCUGUCCGGCUCAGUGGAAGUCUCGCGGAUUGCGGCGCGGAUGUGGCGGACUAUCGAUUGGUGCUAUAUCCUUUACGGUGUCUCGACGCAGCUCGCUGCCAUUCUCGUGUCCACACGACCAAGAUGGUAUUUGUACCAGUCGCUUGCUUCCAACAUACUAUAUGUGCUGCCUUGGGCAGUUGUGUGCCAAGUCGUCGAUCUGAACGCUGGAGAUGCUUGGACGUACCAUAGUUUGGUUUUUGGAGGAAGUUUGGUGUUCUCUUUCUUUACUAUAGUGGUUGUUGACAGUGUGUGGGCGAUUGGACUAGGACGAGGCAAGAUGAGAGCAUGA